UCUGCAUUAGGAAAAGCAAGGCGAUCUCAGCUCAGCUCAAGUCAGCUCGCCCUCCUCUCUCUCAGCUCCGCCACUGGCGUCGAACGAGCGAGUUGACCAGCACUACUACUUCAGUGUCGCCAUCGCCGGCCGGUCAGUGGUGCACACUGGGCACACGCCAAGGCCUCGCUCGCUCGCCGUGAAAGCUCGCGGUUUCUCUCUUCUUCCUCCUCUGCCCGCGGCUGCUUCCGCGACGCCGCCAUCGUCUUGGGGAGCGCUGCCUGCGAUGCUGGGGAUGGCCAAGCAGCUGCUUCAGCUGCAGGCCGCGACGCACCGGUGGAACGGCGCCCGCCGCCGCCAGCCCCUCGCCCCCUCGCCCCCUCGCCACGCUCCCGCGGCCAGAGCCGGCAGAUUUGCCGCCUGCUUCCUCGCGUGCCUGCUCGCGCUCGCCGCCGGCGCCGUCCUCACGCUCUGCAUCACACUACACCGCCCGGAGCCCGAUGCCUCCGCCGCCGCCUCGCCACGCGGCAGCGGCUACGCCGUGGUGAUCAACACGUGGAAGCGCUACGACCUCCUGAAGAGAGCCGUCGCGCACUACUCCGUCUGCGCGGGCGUGGACGCCAUCCACGUCGUGUGGAGCGAGCCCCGGGAGCCGCCGGAGGCCCUGCGCCGGAGCGUCCUCAACUGCAGCCGCGCCGCCGCCGACGUUGGGUUCGUGAUGAACAGGGGAAACAGCCUCAACAACAGGUUCAGGCCCAUCCAGGGGCUCAGGACGGACGCCGUCUUCUCCGUCGACGACGACCUCGUCGUGCCCUGCUCCACGCUGCGGUUCGCCUUCGGCGUCUGGCAGAGCGCGCCCUCUGCCAUGGUCGGCUUCGUGCCCCGUAUGCACUGGCCUGCUGACCCGAGAGGCAACACCAAAGAGUACAGAUAUGGAAGCUGGUGGUCAGUUUGGAGGACAGGGACAUACAGUAUGGUACUCUCGAAAGCGAGUUUUUUUCAUAGGCGGUAUUUGGAUUUAUAUACCAACCACAUGCUACCGUCGAUACGCGAUUAUGUGACAGAGAAUAGGAAUUGUGAGGACAUUGCUAUGUCUUUUCUUGUUGCAAAUGUGACCGGAGUUCCACCAAUAUGGGUUCAAGGAAGGAUAUAUGAGAUCGGAUCGACCGGUAUCAGCAGUUCAAAAGGCCAUGAUUUGCGGAGAUCUAGAUGUUUGAAUGCAUUUGCUUCCAUGUAUGGUCAUAUGCCUCUGGUAGCGAGUACGGUCAAGGCUGUUGAUAGCCGAACUAGCUGGUUUUGGUGAUACGGUUUUCAGUUCAGUUUGGUUUGGUUUGUCUCUGUUUUGCCUUUCACUUGGGUGCGGCCUAGCACAUAUUACCAGGCUAGUGUACUUGUGCAUAGUUCACCAGGUCCCAAGAACACAGGUUGCAAGAUUACACGUAAUGCGCGAAUUCAACAUAGAGUGGCUGUUGCAGGACUACAGCUCUUUGUAAAGUAUGGCUCUUUGUAAAUUAUGUGCAGGGAAACUGAAACUGUUUGUGAAUUGUGACAUUACUCGAGUCAAGCGCAGUACA